UCCCCUUACUUUUCCCCCCUUUUCUUUUUUCCUUUUCCUUUUUUCCCCCGUCUUUUUUUUUUCUUCCCUUUUUCUUUCUUCCCCCCCUCCUUUUCUUCCCUUUCUUUUCUUCUCUUUUUUGCUCCCUUUUCCCCCCUUCCUUUUCCCCCCUCCAUUUCUCGUUUCCCCUCUCCCUUUCUCCCCUCUUCUCCCUCUCCCCUUCCCGCUGCAGCGCCAUCCCCAUGCCGCGGGCACCACGACCGCUCCGGUACCAUCCCGAUCCGUGCCACGCCGUCCCAUGCCGUGUUAUCCCGCCCCGCAGAGCACACGUACGGCGAGGUGAACCAGCUGGGCGGCGUGUUCGUGAACGGGCGCCCGCUGCCCAACGCCAUCCGCCUGCGCAUCGUGGAGCUGGCGCAGCUCGGCAUCCGGCCCUGCGACAUCAGCCGCCAGCUCCGCGUGUCGCACGGCUGCGUCAGCAAGAUCCUGGCCCGCUACCACGAGACGGGCUCCAUCCUGCCCGGGGCCAUCGGCGGCAGCAAGCCGCGGGUCACCACGCCGGCCGUGGUCAAGCACAUCCGCGACUACAAGCAAGGCGACCCCGGCAUCUUCGCGUGGGAGAUCCGCGACCGCCUGCUGGCCGACGGCGUGUGCGACAAGUACAAUGUGCCCUCGGUCAGCUCCAUCAGCCGCAUCCUCCGCAACAAGAUCGGCCCUUUGGCCCCCGCCGGGCCGCCCCCGGCCGCGCUGCCCUGCGCCCACAUCUACCAAUAUCCGUACCCUGGCCCCGCGGCGCCGCCGCCCGCCAAGGCCGGGCCGCACCCCGGGGGACACCUCGGGGCUCCCCCCGUGGCGCUGCCCCGCUCGUGGCCCUCGGCGCACUCGGUCACCAACAUCCUGGGCAUCCGCACCUUCGUGGAGCAGGCAGGGGCUCUGGCUGGCACCGAGGGGGCCGCGUACCCCCCCAAAAUGGAGGAGUGGCCCAGCGUGAACAGGAGCGGCUUUCACGGGCCAGGCCAGGCGGUCAACGGGUUGGACAAGGCUGCCAUGGAUGGCGACAUCAAAUACCCGCAGCCCGGCGCGGGGCUCUCCUCCAUGGGUACCUUCUUGCCGGCCUGCGCUUACCCCCCCUCCAGCCAGCCCGGAGUCUACGGCGGCUCCCCCGGCGCCUACAUCACCCCGGGCCCUCCCUGGCAGCCUCAGGGGACCCCCCUGGGCCACCAUGGCCACGGCGUGACCGUCCCCUGCAGCGACCUGGCCAUGGCCUUCAAGCAGCCCGGCAGGGAAGGGGUGGACAGAAAACCCCCCAGCCCCGUGGGAAAAGCUCCGGAGCCCCUGAGCGCCAUCCACGGAAUCUCCAUCCCGACCUCCUCGUCUUAGAGCCGCCGAGCAGCUGCCCAGGGACUCUUGGAAUCUGGGAAUCAGCUCCUGCAGCCCGGGACUGAAGCCCGGAGUGGGGACAAGGGGACAGCCUGGGCGGUGACAGGUGACUUUCUGCCUCGACAAAUCCCCGGCAGGACAUUCCGGAUGGACACUCUGCUUCCAUCGGAUCGGAAGGGAGAAAAGGGAUGACGGAAAAGACUGAGUUUUCCUUUUUUUUUUUUUUUUUUUUUUUCUCAUUUUCCCUUUCCCUCUCUCUCUCUCCCUUGCUUUCAGUUUUUCCUUCUUCCCCAUGUUCCUGAGGACUGUUCGAGGCUGUGAUUCCCUCCGUCCCCAGGCACUGCGAGGACCAUUCCCGGCUCUGUCCCAGCCCAGGGGAGCAAUUCCUGGCUUCCCCAAGGAGAAUCCGUGCUUGAACCCUUUCUCCAGCCCCUUUCCAGCGCCUCUGCCGCGGGAUGGAAAUUGAUCAAAAGUCCUAGGAUGUUUUAUGGGAUAUUUUUUAAAAUAAGGAACCUUAAUAAAACGUGACAACCGUGGGCACACUGCGGUGACCUCCCUCCCUCAGGGUGAUCAUUGCCCCUUCUCCAGGGUUCACCGGGAGCGGAAGGAUUCGGUGGGAUCCCUUGGAAUCGCUCCCUGAGCUUCUUCCCGGGAUUCUCCCUCAUCCCGGGGCUUCGUGGCAACCUUCCUCCCACCUCACCUGGCCCCGGCGGGCCAGGACUGUCCCCGUGUCUUCCCCUCCCUCCCGGGCAGCCGGCUGGGAUGCGUUCAGGAUAGCAUUUCGCAUUCCCUGGCUCCUCCAGCCGCUGCCCCUGGCGUCGAUCCCUUCAUUGUGUGGAAGGGGCAGGUCCUGCAGCGGG